AUGUCCUCUCAAGAGCAAGAAACACGCAAUAUCAAGAUCUGUCUUGUCGGUGACCUAGACGUUGGAAAAGCAUCCCUCAUGCGGCGCUUCAUCGACAACGUCUUUGACCCCACGCAGCGUCCGACGAUUGGUGUCGGUUUCGCAGUCCGGCCCCUUGAUAUUGAGGGGGAGCGCAUAGCGGCACAGAUCUUCACGCGUCCGAGUUCUGGCAGAUUUCUCCUGGGGAGCUUCUACUACAACGCAUGGAGCAUCUGUUUGGUGUAUGACAUUUCCAAACGGCGCAGCUUCUCAAGCAUUGAGAGCACCUGGCUUCGGGAGGUAGCGGAAAACAUGCCCGGCUCCGAUCGCGAGUCCCCGAUACCAGUGCGCCUCUACCUCAUUGGGAACAAGAGUGACCGCGAGGCCCAGCGAGAAGUCUCCACCGAGGAAGGCGCCGAGCUGGCGGCGCGUUGCAAUAUGAUUUUCACCGAAACGAGUGCGCUGGACGGGAGUGGGGUUGAGGAUUUCUUCAUGACUUUGUUCACUCAAAUCUGUCGUGACGCCAGUCCCGAGUCGACAAGCUAG